CAUCAACAAGCUUAUGAUUUCACCCCCCUCGUCAUCGCCUGCUCCCUAAAGGCCCGUUCUGAUCGAGCUCUACCACCUCAUAUAUCUCUAUCAGAGCAUUCUUCUACGCUCUAAUUUCUCCUCCACUCCCGCCACCACAUAGUCCUACUCGCCAUAUAAUCGUCAGCAAUGGCGCAAGAUGGCGAGCGGUCAGCUCCCGCCGACAAGGGCAAGGGCAAGGUUGACGAUGUGAAGGAUCUUGCUGGAGGCAAGAAGGCACAGACCGCAGAAAAGCCUCAAGCUGACGGAAAGAAGAAGGACGAGGAGCCCCAAGAAGAGGAACUCAACGAAGAGGACCAGCAAUUGAAGAACGAGCUGGAGAUGCUUGUGGAAAGAUUAAAGGAGCCGGAUACCUCUCUCUACAGCCCUGCCUUGGAUGCAAUCAAGAACUUCAUAAAGACUUCGACCUCUUCGAUGACCGCUGUCCCUAAGCCCUUGAAAUUCCUCCGACCUCAUUACGAUGACCUCACGGCGCUUUAUGACAAGUGGCCGGCUAGCCCGGUGAAGGACUCCUUGGCCGACAUGCUAUCAGUUCUCGGAAUGACAUACGGAGAUGAAGAGAAGCUAGAGACUCUGAAGUAUCGCCUGCUGACCAAGUCGGAGGAUCUCGGCUCAUGGGGCCAUGAGUACAUCAGACAUCUGGCUUUGGAGAUUGGUCAAGAAUAUCAGAACAGGCUGAACACUGAGAAGGAUGUACAAGACUUGAUUGAUCUUGCGCUCUCCCUUGUUCCGUACUUCCUCAAGCACAACGCUGAAGCCGAUGCCGUCGACCUGCUGAGUGAGCUCGAGAUCAUCGAGGAAAUCCCCCGCUUUGUCGAUGAGAACACAUACGCCAGAGUUUGUUUGUAUAUGGUUAGCAUGGUCAACCUUCUCACAUACCCAGAAGACCAGCAGUUCCUCCGCACUGCCCACGAGAUUUAUGUCACCUACAAGGAGCUCACCAAGGCCAUCGUUCUUGCUAUCCGCCUCAAUGACACUGAGCUUAUCAAGAGCGACUUGAAUGCCACCUCGGACAGUUCGAUCAAGAAGCAGAUGGCUUUCCUCGUUUCUCGGCAACAAAUAUGGCUCGAUCUUCCGGAAUAUGAAGAAGACCAGUCAUUCAUGGAAUGCCUCAACAACACCUCGAUUCCCAAGCACUUCAAGUCUCUUGGCAAGGAGCUCAACAUUCUCGAUCCCAAGAUGCCGGAAGACAUCUACAAGACUCACCUGGAAAGCUCUCGUGGCGCAGGCCUCACCAACGUUGAUUCUGCAAGACACAAUCUCGCUAGCGCCUUCGUCAACUCGUUCGCCAAUGCCGGAUUUGGAAACGAUAAGAUGAUGCUGGUCGAGGGUGACAAGGGUCCUUGGGUAUGGAAGACAAAGGACGACGGCAUGCUGUCGACUACGGCUUCUCUGGGAAUGCUUAUGCACAGAGACGUUGAGAUUGGACUGGACAAGAUCGACAAGUACACUUACGCCUCGGAAGAUCAGAUCAAGGCUGGUGCAUUGUUGUCGAUUGGUAUCCUCAACUCCGGUGUACGCAUCGAUUCAGAACCUGCCUUGGCUCUUCUGAGUGAUCCUGAAAACCUGGAAGCCAAGAGCGUGCCCAUGCGAGUUGCAUCGAUUAUGGGUCUGGGACUGGCUUACGCUGGUUCGAACAAGGAGGAGCUGCUGGAGGUUCUUCUUCCGAUUGUCGAGGAUAGUUCUCUGGACAUGCAGCUGUCUGCCAUGGCAGCUGUUUCCUUGGGUCUUAUCUUUGUUGGUUCCUCGAACCACCAGGUUAGUGAGGCGAUCGCUACGACCUUGAUGGACGAGGAGAGACAGAAGCAACUCAAGGACAAGUGGACCCGUUUCAUGGCUCUUGGUCUCGCCCUUCUGUACUUUGGUCGCCAGGAAGAGGUUGAUGUUAUCCUCGACAUCCUCAAGGCUGUGGAUCACCCCAUGGCUAAGCCCACUUCGGUGCUUGCCUCGGUUUGCGCCUGGGCCGGCACAGGCACCGUCCUGAAACUCCAGGAACUCCUUCACAUCUGCAAUGACAUCAUCGAGGAGAACGACGAGAAGAAGGGUGACGAGCUCGUGCAGUCGUAUGCUGUUCUUGGCUUGUCGCUCAUUGCCAUGGGCGAGGAAGUUGGACAGGAUAUGAUUCUCCGACAGUUUGGUCACCUCAUGCACUACGGUGCCAGCAACAUCCGGAAGGCUGUGCCCCUCGCUAUGGGUCUGAUUACCCCUAGCAACCCUCAGAUGAAGGUCUACGAUACCCUUUCGAGAUACAGUCACGACACCGAUAAUGACGUUGCCAUCAACGCCAUCUUCGCCAUGGGUCUCUGCGGCGCCGGUACCAACAACGCUCGCUUGGCCCAAUUGCUCCGCCAGCUUGCGAGCUACUAUCACCGUGAUCAGAACUCCUUAUUCAUGGUCCGCAUCGCACAGGGUCUUUUGCACAUGGGCAAGGGUACCAUGACCCUGAACCCCUUCCACACCGACAGACAGGUUUUGUCGCGUGUAUCAGCCGCUGGUCUGCUUACCGUCCUUGUGUCCCUGAUUGACGCCAAGCAAUUUAUUCUCGCCGAACAUCACUACCUCCUUUACUUCCUCAUCACUGCCAUGUACCCCCGCUUCCUCGUCACUCUCGACGAAGACCUUCAGCCUCUCACCGUGAACGUCCGGGUCGGUCAGGCCGUGGACGUUGUUGGUCAGGCCGGUCGCCCGAAGACGAUCACUGGGUGGCAGACGCAAAGUACGCCAGUCCUCUUGGCCUACGGUGAGCGGGCCGAGCUUGAAGACGAGCAGUACAUCCCUCUCAGCAGCACUCUGGAGGGUUUGGUAAUCUUGCGCAAGGAACCCUAACUGGGAGGCGGAGACAUCCGCAUAAACGAGAUGAGAAACUGGACAUGAAACUUUGCGAGCUUGAGGGCCGGGGAAAUCACAGCAUUGGGAUUCUUGGACUUGAUGUAUUCAGAACGACCGGAAAUACCUUAUAUCAGUUAGACCAAUGGAUAUAGGAAGGGCAGUUC